CCCCCAUCCCGGUGCUUCCAUCGUCGGGGCGUGCGUUCCUUCCUCCCGGCACAACACGACCGUCGAUCCAAAUUUUUGCGCCGAAUCGCCCAAAGUCGAAAAGUAUGAAAAGUCUGUUGAUCUUCAUUCUCGUCCAUCACGCGGCGGCUCAGAUGAGACGGAGUGAUUGCAGCAAAGAGGAGCGGCGCGAUGAACUAAAUCCAUCGUUCGCAGAGGAAUGCUGCGAAGGGUACGAGGCGUCGCCGCAGGGAGGGUGCAGGCCGACGUGCGGGAGGGGAUGCAUCCACGGGUCCUGCGAGGAGCCUGACAGGUGCAAGUGCGAGGCUGGAUGGAUGGGAGAGGAUUGCCUGGAGACGUGCUCGGACAGAUGGGGACCCGACUGCAAGUAUCGAUGCGUCUGUCAAAACGGAGGAAUCUGCAAUGUCGUUAACGGGCACUGCACGUGUCUCCCCGGCUACGGAGGAAAUGAGUGCCAGUGCAGAUGCGAGAACGGAGCGACGUGUUCCCCGGACGGCACCUGCAUCUGCAGUACUGGAUGGAACGGGACGCGGUGCGAGCGACGCGUCUGCCCCGACCACCUCUACGGACCCGACUGCGGCAAGGAGUGCAGGUGCGUGCCGGCCAGCACGGAAACGUGCGACCCGUUGAUAGGCUGUCUGUGUAAGCCCGGCUGGGAUGGUCCCGGGUGUUCCACCAUUUGCCCGUCCGACCGAUACGGGAAGAACUGCAGCUCAACGUGCUCGUGCAAGAAUGAAGCUCGGUGCGAUCCUGAGAAUGGCGCUUGUGACUGUACUCCAGGCUGGUACGGGAGCGAAUGCGCCACGAAAUGCCUGGCUGGGAAAUUCGGCGUGGACUGCAAGAAAGAUUGCAAGUGCAAGAACGGCGCUGCGUGCGACCCCGCCACGGGCACCUGCACCUGCCCUCCGGGUUUCAAGGGCCAACGAUGCGGGAGAAAGUGCGAUCAAUGGAGCUACGGUCUCAAUUGCUCCAAAACGUGCGAUUGCGAAUUGGAAUCCACCUCAAGCUGCGAUACAGCCAAUGGAUCGUGCACCUGCAAACCCAACCGCUACGGUACGAAAUGCGAGUCUCAAUGCGGAGGAGGAACGAUCGGCGAAGAAUGCAACGAAUAUUGCAAAUGCGGGGAGGAGUUGGUGUGCGACGGCCCAAAGCAGAAAUGCUUCUGCCCGCCGGGCUGGACGGGGACAGGCUGCCGCGAGCACUGCCCUGGAGGCUUCUUCGGCCGCGGCUGCGGCGAGACCUGCCCCGAAUGCGGAGACGGUGAGGGGAUUCUGGUCAUCGGUUUGGUUCUGUGGAAGAGG